UCUGAUACUCGUCCAACAACGUGCGCCGAACCACUGCUAUGACAUCGUUUCUCGACUGUUCUCGAGGGAAAGAAGAUCCCGUGCUAGUCUCGUCCAGGCUAACCUCUAGCAGUCUGUUCGACAUCUAUCUCGGGAUACUUGACAUCAGGCACAACUUGGGCACAACCAAGGCGGUAAUGAGCCCGCUGCGACCAUUCGUCAAAGGCGCACCGCUUCUCCGUAUGGCAGGCCAAUUGCUCCAUAUCUAAUCACUGACCUCGAGCUCGUUCGCCUUAUCAUGGCUGGUGUGGGAGGGAACAUUGAGUCGGACUCCCCGCGCAGGUCUUCCGUCCUCCGUCUUGCUCUGUGUCGCUGCUAGCACUACUGACAUACACGACAUGACGCCCCGACCGCAUGUCCUCGAGCCCAUAGAGUACGGCAAUGCAGCAUCGUUCUGGGUCGAAUACCCCUCGGGGCUGGUCGACCUCACCCGCGCAGCGCAUCUCACUGCGAAGAAGGAAGACGAGACAGUCAAGACCAGUAGCGCCCACCCAGAACCUCCUCUGCAGAGCAGUACGCAUCUCGAGAUUCCGGUCGACGGAGAACGCGUCGUGCGGAUCGCCAAGUCGAAGAGCGCGAUCGUGAUCGUUGACAUGCAGAACUUCUUCCUGCAUCCUGAUCUUCGCGACCACUCGACGGGACUGAAUUGUGUCAUACCUCUCAUGAACGUCGUCCCCGCCUUGCGCACACAAGGCGUGAAGAUCCUAUGGGUUAAUUGGGGACUGACCGAGCACGAGCUCACGACCAUCCCGCCAUCCCUCGUGCGGAGUUUCAUGAAGAACGGCCGAGGCGGCUUUGGCUCUAAGCUCCCAGAGCCAUUUGGUCGGUUACUCAUGCGCGGAGAAUACAAUGCGGACCUGUAUGGCCCUCUGCAUCAGCUCUACCUCGAAGGCAAGAAGGAAGACGCCGAUGACUGGAUUCACAAGAACAGGAUGAGCGGCAUCUGGGGUUCCCAGACAGCCCUGGACCUGUAUCUGCAGGAACACGGCAUCACAACGCUCUUCUUCGCCGGCGUGAAUGCGGAUCAGUGUGUCCUCGGAACAUUGGUGGAUGCGUACUUCAGAGGGUACGAUUGCAUCGCACUACAAGAUUGUAUAGCAACGACUUCGCCCACUGGGGGAUUAGAGAAUGUGCUCUACGACGCGACCAACUCUUACGGUUUCGUAACGGACACGACUAGGGUGGAGGAGGCAAUCAAAAGGCAGGCAUCGUAAUCCAUGUACUCGUGCUGUACAUUAUAUGGGACAUUUGCUACGAUAUCGAAUACACUACUAUCAGUGGGAUAUGCACAUUGGAC